AGCUUCCACUCUCACCCGCGCGCCGCCACUAUCACCUGCGCGCCGCCACUCUCUCCCCGGAGAUCGUCGAAUCUAUCAAACAGAUUUCUACUCUCUCUCUCUCUCCAUUUACAGGCUGUCAAAAUACCCUAAUUCCUAAAUAAAAUCAGCAGCGCAAGUUCCCUUCUCACGCUCUCAGCAGCGCCAAGUUCUCCGGCCGUCUGUCGCCUCCCGUGUCCUCGUCUUCCAGUAGUCGUCCGGUCGUCGUCGUCGCCGCCUUCCUGCGGUGCCCUCCAGUCGCCGUCAUUGUCUCAGUUCCGUGUAGUGGAGAACCCAAAAGAAUACAUAUGCAGGGAAGUGGACAUUGUAGUUGAUCAUGUUGGAAAUGUUUCUGCCAGUGUUGACGGGCUUAUCUCUCAAACAAAUGCAUUUUCUGAUGCUGAGUUAAGAGAAUCCAAUGCCUCAAACAAAUAUUCAAAGCAAUUGAUGUGCCUAUAGAGUGGGAAGAGCACUAUGUAGAAACUGAAAUUGACCUUAUGACACAGAUCUUUCUGACAUGGUAAAGCUUGGAAUCACAUUGGCAAAAUCGGGUUUGCUUGAAAGGGCCAAUGGCCACUCCCAUUGGAAAAGGGAAUUGUUCAUUGAACCUUUUCCUACGAAAUUGGAGAAACCUUUGCUUCCAUUUCCAUCGAUUCUCAACUUCUUCCAUCGAGUCUUCUUCUCCCUUACCCUUCAAAUCCAUCACUUCCACUAUUAGGACCAAGCCAAGUAAGAGGAUUCCCAAUAACAGUUCCUUCUUCAUACCCAUUCCUCAUCAAACCAUUCCUCAAGCCAAAGGCCAAGACCUUGAUUUCAUUAACGUUUCCCACAGCCACAUAAUUCACUCUCAGUGGGAAAAUCUCCAACCUUUCUCACAUUCCCUCACACCCUUCAGGGUCAAACACAUCCUCCUCAAGCUCAAAAAUGACGCCGUUCUCUCCCUCAAAUUUUCCAACUGGGUCCAAAACCAAAACCCUAGUUGCCACUCCCUUGAAACACAUGCCAUCUUACUCCAUACUCUUGCCAAAAACCGAAACUUUAGAGCCAUUCAAACGCUCCUCAAGAGGAUCAUCGCUGAUUCAGGCGCUUUGGAUUUGGAUUUGCCUUCUAAGCUCUUUGAAUCAUUGUUGUGUUCUUACCGUUUGUGUGAUUCCACCCCUCUUGUUUUUGAUGCGCUUUUCAAGACUUUUGCGCAUUUGAAUAAGAUUAGGAAUGCCACUAACACGUUUUGCCGCAUGAAGGAGUAUGGGUUCUUCCCCACUGUUGAGUCCUGCAAUGCUUUCAUGAGUUCUCUGAUUCAUUUGCAGAGGCCUGAGGUAGCUUUGUUGUUCUACUGCGAGAUGCGUAGGUCUUGUGUUUCGAUCAACGUAUACACUGUUAACAUGGUUAUAUGUGCUUAUUGCAAGUUAGGGGAGUUGCAGAAGGGUUUUGAGGUGUUGGAGAAGAUGAGGGACAUGGGUUUGAGUCCAAAUGUUGUGUCGUUUAAUGCAUUGAUUUCAGGGUAUUGUAAUAAGGGUAUGGUUAGUUUGGCAUUGAAGGUUAAGUCCUUGAUGGAGCAUAAUGGGGUGCAACCAAAUGUGGUUACUUUUAACACCAUCAUCAAUGGGUUCUGCAAGGAGAGGAAGUUGCAUGAGGCUAACAAGGUUUUCAAUGAGAUGAAGGGUUGCAAUGUGGCUGCUAAUAUUGUGACAUACAAUACUUUGAUCAAUGGGUAUAGUUCAGUUGGGAACAGCGAAAUGGGGACAAGGCUUUAUGAGGAGAUGAGGAGGGAUGGGAUUAAGGCUGAUAUACUGACUUAUAAUGCAUUGAUUUUGGGAUUGUGUAAGGAGGGGAAAACGAAAAAGGCUGCGUAUCUGGUUAAGGAACUUGAUAAGGAGAACUUGGUCCCGAAUGCGUCAACCUUUUCAGCACUGAUCACCGGGCAGUGUGCGAGAAAGAACUCUGAGCGUGCCUUUCUUAUUUAUAGGAGCAUGAUAAGGAGUGGUUGUAAUCCGAAUGAGCAUACGUUCAAGAUGUUGAUGUCUGCUUUCUUGCAUAAUGAAGACUUUGAUGGUGCUGUGCAGGUCUUGAGGGACAUGUUGGGCAGGUCGAUGGCUCCUGAUUCUCUUGUCUUGUCUGAGCUCUGUGGUGGACUUUGUAGGUGUGGGAGAAAUCAAUUGGCAUCCACACUAUGUAGUGAGAUGGAAAAUAAGCAUCUAUUGCCGGAAGGUUUUGACAAAGGACAGAUAACCAUUGAUCAUCCAGAGAAUGAGACAAAGAACUGAACUUAUCAGGUUCGAAACAUAAUAUGUGAAUAGGGUAAAAGGCCUUUGUACUAUGGACAGGCACAAGCAGAGGAUGAGAUAGGGCUAUUGCAUAAGAACAUUGUUCCUUGGCAGCCAUGAGACCUACAUUUGCUGCUAUGUUGACGAAUGAUUUAACAAUGGGCAUGUUGAACAUGAUGAGUUGAUACUCACAUAUAUGAUCUGUCAAUUAUCUAUCACAUGAAUGGAUGUGGAAUAGUCUUCAUGCUGCUGAUGACAAAUAAAGAAAGAAGUACUGCAAAUUUUGGUUUGUGCAUAUUUUAUGCUAUGAAAGAGAAGCUUGCAAUUGGAGGAGUGUGAUAAUAGAGCAAACGGGAGAAUAUUGUGAAAGUUUUGAAGGUGUCCGUUACAUUCCCUGAUGAUGUAAGGGUAUUGGGAGAUAGAGGAAUAGAAGCUUCCAAUCCUAAAUCAAGGAAAAUUCCACCCCUACCUUUUCACUAUAGUAGAAGAAAUAAGAGAGGGUAAAAUGGUAAAUAAUGCUUUGGGAAAUAUGGUUGUAACUAACUUGCGACAUGGCUUGGGUAGUGAGGGAAGCAUGAGAGCCGAGGCGUGAGGGUAUUUGGUAACAGGUUGGAGAGAGAGAAUACAGAUUUUGGGAGUAAGGAGUGAGAAUUAGACUAGGAGAGAGGCUGACUCUCUAAUAUCAGCCCCUAUCUUUCAUUUCUACUGUUUCAUUACUUCAUACUGUAAUUCUGCAUUUUCUAAAUUCAAUAUGAGUACAGGAGUGAGAUUUCCUUGAUCCACUCCCUUGAUUU